AUGGGCUCGUCCGAUUCUUCUCAUGGUGCGAUUCUUUCUACACCUGGCCUUCCCGGAGGUCUUCUUCCUAUCGGAAGUACGUGCCCAGCGUGUGGCAAGUCAAUCGACCUUGAAGCUGUUCUUACUGGCGGAACUUCCAACGAGACUGGUAUGAGCGCUGUGGAGGAGCUCAAACUGCUAAAGGCCCAAGUGCAGGACGUUGCACGCGUUUGUCGAGCCGUAGCCGCUGGAGAUUUAUCGAAGAAGAUCACCGUACCUGUGCAGGGCGUUGUCAUGGUUCAACUCAAAGACGUCAUCAAUACUAUGGUCGAGCGGCUUGGUCAAUUCGCACGCGAAGUUACCCGCGUCUCGCUCGAGGUCGGUACAGAGGGGAAACUCGGGGGUCAGGCCGUCGUAGCCGAUGUUGAGGGUACAUGGCGAGAAUUGACGGCAGUCGUGAACAAGCUUGCCGAGAACCUUACCAUUCAGGUGCGAAGCAUCGCGGAGGUUACCAUGGCGGUCGCUCGUGGAGAUCUUAGUCGUGAGAUCGUAGUUGAGGCCAAGGGUGAGAUACUAGAGCUGAAGACGACCGUCAACAACAUGGUUGUUCAACUUCGGGAGUUCGCUGCAGAGGUCACCCGUGUGGCGCUUGAAGUCGGAACAGAAGGCAAACUUGGUGGUGUGGCGAUAGUCAGGGACGUGGAAGGUGUUUGGAAUGAACUUACUACUAAUGUCAACAAAAUGUGCCAGAACCUUACCUUACAAGUACGGUCUAUUGCUCAAGUUACAACCGCCGUCGCCAACGGGGAUCUUACUCGACGAAUCGAGAUACCUGUCGAAGGCGAGAUGGCCCGACUAAAGACAACCGUCAACUCCAUGGUGGAUCAGCUCAGUAACUUUGCGUCAGAAGUCACGCGUGUCGCCCUUGAAGUCGGUACAAAGGGUGUUCUAGGUGGGCAAGCAAGAGUGCAGGGCGUCAGAGGUACUUGGGAUGACCUCACACGGAAUGUGAACAAUAUGGCAGCAAAUCUUACGUCGCAGGUGCGAUCCAUUGCUAAAGUAACAACGGCUGUAGCUGCCGGGAAUCUGUCAACUUUCAUCGAGGUCGAUGCUCAGGGAGAGAUACUACAGCUGAAAAACACUGUGAACAACAUGGUGGCACAACUGUUCACACUUGCUAACGAGGUCACCCGGGUCAGUCUUGAGGUCGGUACGAAAGGUAUACUUGGCGGACAGGCGAAGGUCACAAAUGUCGAGGGGAUGUGGAAAGUUCUGACAGACAAUGUUAAUUUAAUGGCUCAAAAUCUCACGUUACAAGUGCGGGAAAUCGCUUCGGUGACGACGGCUGUCGCUCGCGGCGAUCUCACCAAGCGCAUAACUGUCGAUGUCGAUGGCGAGAUACUUCAACUGAAGAACACCGUCAAUGACAUGACGUCCAGUCUGAGCAUCUUUGCUGCAGAAGUCACUCGGGUUGCUCGUGAAGUCGGCACUGAAGGGAAACUCGGUGCGCAAGCUAAUGUUAAGGGGGUCGCGGGCAUUUGGAAGGAUUUGACCGACAAUGUGAACACCAUGGCAAAUAAUCUUACCGUCCAAGUGCGCACGAUAUACCAUACGACCAGUGCAGUUGCUCGCGGUGACCUGAGCCAGAAAAUUGUGAAUGUCCAAGCCUCUGGAGAGAUCCAACAGCUCGUGGUCACGAUUAACAAAAUGAUCGACGAUCUUGCUACGUUCGCUGAAGGCGUCACCAGAGUCGCGAAGGAAGUCGGUACUGACGGGAAGCUUGGGGGACAAGCCGAAAUAAGUGAUCUUCAGGGGACUUGGCGAGACAUCACCUCUGCUGUGAACGUGAUGGCCGCCAACUUGACGUCACAAGUGCGAGGCUUUGCUCAAAUUUCAGCGGCUGCCACCGAUGGAGACUUCACGCAAUUUAUCACUGUGGAAGCAAGCGGCGAGAUGGAUUCACUCAAGACUCAAAUAAAUCAGAUGGUCUACAAUUUGAGGGAGAGUAUUCAGAAGAAUACUCAGGCUCGUGAAGCUGCCGAACUUGCUAAUCGCAGUAAAUCGGAGUUUCUCGCAAACAUGUCUCAUGAAAUUAGAACUCCAAUGAACGGUAUUAUUGGAAUGACGGACCUGACCCUGGAGACGGAAUUGACGCCAGCGCAACGGGAAAAUCUUCUUUUAGUGAACAGUUUGGCCCGUUCACUAUUGCUCAUCAUUGACGACAUCCUCGAUAUUUCGAAAAUCGAGGCUGGUCGUAUGACCAUGGAACAGGUCGCUUUCUCACUAAGAACUACCAUCUACGGAAUGCUCAAAAGUCUGGUUGUUCGUGCAUCUCAGAACAACAUUGAUUUACUCUAUGACGUGGAUCCUAGAAUCCCAGAUCAACUGGUCGGAGAUGCUCUGAGGCUUCGUCAAGUCAUUACCAACUUAGUCGGAAAUGCGCUGAAAUUCACGCCUGCCAAAGUUGAUCUACGCGGCACGGUCGCUAUUACUGUUAAACUUCAGAAGCUUGAAGAUGGCAAUGCAACGAUCGAGUUUUGCGUUUCUGACACAGGUAUUGGUAUCCCGCAUGACAAACUCGAAUAUAUUUUCGACACGUUUGCUCAGGCUGAUGGCUCAACUACUCGAGAAUACGGUGGAACAGGCCUCGGUCUAUCGAUUUCGAAGCGUCUUGUCUCUCUCAUGCAGGGUGUCAUUUGGGUUCACAGUCGUGUCAAUGAGGGCAGUCAGUUUAUGUUCACCAUUACAUCAAGAGUAAAUGACGAUGGAGAGUCACCUGCGAUGAGGGAAAGGAUCCAGCCAUUCCGUGGGCGUACGAUUCUGUUUGUGAACGUUGAACGAAGCGAUCCGAAUGUAGCACAGCGUAUCCAAGAAAUCGGUCUCCAGCCGAGAGUCGUCCACAACCUUGUCGGGAUCACAAAGAAAAAUUCGAUGACGUUCUUCGACGCUAUUAUCAUUGAUUCAUUGGAAGUGACUGAUAGAUUGCGAGAUAUUGAUCAUCUCCGAUAUGUCCCAGUUAUAUUAAUGCCUCCAUUUGUAGUUAAAUGGUGCUUGAACAACAGCAUCAGCGCUGCCAUCACAUCGCCCAUUUCGAGACAUGAUCUUGCAACAGUGCUUCUCGCUGCGUUAGAAGCCAAUAUCUCGCACCCAGAUCUGCCUUCACAUGACAGGACUUAUCGAGUCCUCCUGGCUGAGGACAACGUGGUGAACCAGAAGGUCGCUAUACGUAUGCUGGAAAAAUAUGGCCACACGGUGCACGUUGUCGAGAACGGUAAUCAAGCGGUGGAAUCGGUCAAGGCAAACUGCGCAAGCACCCAGCGAUUCGACGUCAUUUUGAUGGAUGUCUCUAUGCCCUUGAUGGGUGGCAUGGAAGCGACCGAAAUGAUUCGCAAAUGGGAAAUGACGACGGGAGCCAGGAGGACGCCUAUUAUCGCUCUUACUGCGCAUGCUAUGAUCGGUGAUCGCGAACGCUGCCUCAAAGCGGGCAUGGAUGAUCAUAUUACUAAGCCUUUACGGCGCGCAGAUUUGAUAAACGCGAUUGCGCGACUCGUCAAUGCAAACUUUGGCUAA